UGAGAAGGGAGGCUUUGGCCAGACCCCGGCGGGCGGCGUUGUUCUUUUCCAGCCCUACAGGGGAAAAAAGAGGCAUGUGGGGAACUCGCCCCUCCGCCCUAUCGCCGCCUUUCCUCCCCACAGCCUGGCCCAGGGGGAGCUGUUCGGGGCCGGCUUCUGUUCACCUUGCAUCCUUCAGCGCUCAAGGAGAGCUUCCAAAAGGGGUGUUCUGAGUGGGAAGAUGGGGCUCUCCAUUGCGACCGCCGUGGAAGUUUUCUCAGAUUCUUGUCCUGGCGCUACUAAAAUUAUCCCUAACUAAAGAUGCAUCCAGACCUGUCUCCUCAUUUGCACACUGAAGAAUGUAACAUUAUUAUCAGUCUGCUCAAGAAGUGUCACAAGGAGCACAACGUUUUGAAAUUUUUUGGCCAUUGCAAUGAUAUUGACCGAGAGAUGAGGAAGUGCUUAAAGAAAGAGUAUGAACAAAACAGGAUCAGGAACCGGGAGGUGCGCCAGAGGAUAAUUAACGCACACAAAAACGCAGAGAAAUGAACUCAGCUGUAGCUGGACAGCUGUAUCUCAACAGGGAUUACUUGGUUGAACGUUGACAGAACACUUCUUGCUCAUCACCAGUGCUCAGCCUGUGGUUUGUGAAAUGGUGAAAAAAAUAAAUGUGCUUAAUACAUAGUCGUUCCCAGCAAGAUAGUGUGGAAAAAAUAAAUGUAAUAAAUCAUCACUCACAACAUAUUUUUUCACCUCUGAGAUUAAAAUACUGUGGCA